GUGUAAUUAUCGCGUGUGUGAAGAAGCAGGGUGAAGGAUUUUUUUUAAACGUCACGAAGUUUUUUUUUUCGGUACUUUUUAUUAGUAAUUGUAAAUGUUGUCCAGAAAAAACGAAAAAGAAAUCAUCCCCGCGCUUUCGUCGAACACUUGAAAUAAUUAUGUAAUCCCGUUGGAACAUCUAAAAAAUUUGGAAAAUCAUCAUGGAACGAAAAAUUUGUAGAAAUCACGAGUGUUGAGGAAUCACGAGCAGGAUGCCAUCUGAGACCCGCUCGAUGAAUCGUAAAAGUUCAACUGAUCUGCUACGAAACGUCGAGGGUGAAAAUAUAAAAAAUGAAAACGGGGAUGAAACGGCAGCGAACGAGGAAUCAUCGACGAUUGCUCGGUGCAACGAUCAUGCCGGAACCGAGCGGAAUAAUUUCGGAUUGAGCCAAAGCGAUUUAUUGCCGGAUAUGAAUUCGCCUAUUUCGUUGAAAAAGAUAAAUACUUCAACCGGUAGUAUGACCGCUGAAAUCAAGCCUGAAGGACGAGUUUUGGUACUUUAUACCGGCGGUACCAUCGGAAUGGUUAGGAACGAGAAAGGAGCACUCGCUCCGGUGGCAAAUACUUUUGUCAAGACUGUAAAAAAGUAUCCUCACAUGCACGAUAGCAAUUACGCCGAAGAAAGAUUCGGUAUUUUGGGUCCACUGGUCCUUCCCUUAUCGGCGAAUGAUAGUCGUCGAAUAAUCUACAACGUCAUCGAAUACUCUCCGCUCUGCGAUUCUAGCAAUAUGACUAUGGACGAUUGGAUUCGUAUAGCGAUCGACAUAAAAAAAGCUUAUGAGUCUUAUGACGGUUUCGUGGUGCUUCAUGGGACUGACACGCUCAGCUAUACCGCUUCGGCUCUCUCCUUCAUGCUCGAAUCACUUGGAAAAACUGUCGUUAUAACGGGCUCCCAACUGCCGAUAUUCGAGGCGCGCAGCGACGGUCUCAUUAAUUUUCUCUCCUCUCUCGUUAUCGCUGGUAAUUACAACAUACCGGAAGUAUGCGUUUUCUUUGGGAAUCAACUGAUGCGCGGUAAUCGCACUAGCAAAAUCGCAUCGGCCGCUUUCGAAGCGUUUGGCUCACCGAAUUGUCCACCGUUGGCCGUUGCCGGAGUCAAAAUAAAUGUCGAUUACAGAUCGAUAUUUCGUCCGUGCGCAUUGGAAAAGUUUCACGUUCACAAGAAUCUCAGUCGUAACGUCGGAUUGCUGCGCAUUUUUCCGAGCAUUACGAGCGAGCUCGUAAGAGCUUUUUUGCAAGCACCGAUCGAAGGUGUGGUUCUCCAGACUUACGGAGCUGGAAACGUUCCAAAUAAUCGGAAUGAUAUUUUCAAGGAAAUUCGAGAAGCCACCGAUCGCGGAGUUAUCAUAGUCAAUAUAACUCAAUGUUCGAGAGACGGAGUCAUCGAUUGGUACGAGUCUGGCAAACUACUCGUCGAGGCUGGCGUAACUCUGGGCUACGACAUGACGCCCGAAGCUGCUUUGACGAAGCUCGCUUACGUACUCUCGAAAACCUCGUGGGAUUGUAAAAUGAAGCGAAAAAUGAUGGAAACGAGUUUACGCGGUGAGAUGUCAAUUUGUAAACGCGUCAACGUCGGGGACAACGAAAACGUUAUGAGGAGCCUCGGUCUACAUUCGGAGUCUCAAUUACUCGAGCUCGCGCCAAUCAUAUUCCCAGCUCUGAUGAGCGAAGCCGUAGUGACCGGUGAUUUUAUCAAGGUCAAAUCGUUGCAGAAUUACGGCGCUGACAUUUCCCAACCAAAUGCGGAUCGCCGAACCGUUCUUCACGUAGCAUGCUGCGACGCUCAGCCGGAUGUUGUACGUCAGCUCCUUGAGAUGGGUGCCAAUGUUCAUAUGAAGGAUAGAUUCGAUCGCACACCAUUGACCGAGGCGAUCGAAAACGAUCGACACGAGAUAAUCGAGCUUUUGCUGCAGUGCGGCGGUCAUCUUCAUGAGAACUCAUUGAUUCUGGGUGGAAAACUCUGUGCCGCUGCUGCUGCCGGGAAUACGACGCGUUUACGAUCGUACUUGAUCGCUGGUGGUGAUCUUGGCCAAGCGGAUGUUUCCGGUAGAACCGCUAUGCACUCCGCAGCCCUUCACAAUAAACAUUCGGUCAUUCGUCUUCUUCUUGAUGAGGGAGUUGAUCACAAUUGCCGAGAUAUCAUCGGGCAAACGCCUCGUGAUCUUGCUAAGCUCGCUGGCUCCGUAGAAUCUUUCAAACUCCUCGGUUCGCUUACUCGCACGAACGGUCACCCGAUUGUUCUUGCAUAGAUCUUAUUUCUUUCACGUAUCGUAUAAACCUUCGUUCGGGGUUAUAUUAUUUCUUUUCUUUUUUUUUCUAUAGGAUUCAAUCGAGUUAUGCCCCGUUGUCUCUGCCCCCGUUGCUUCUAACGAUGCAAAUUCUCGAACUUUUUAAUAUUUCAUAUCUCAUCCCCACCACGGACUUGAACAUUUUUGCUCAUUAUCCGGCAUACAAUUGUCAUUAAAACAGUUUGAAAUGUAGCGAUUCCUAAGUGGCUCAGACAUCUCUUAGCCCAGCAGCAGAUUAUUGGGGAUACGUGAAAGAAAAGAAAAGAAAAGAAAUGAAAUGUAGUCCAUUUUAAUUUGGAAGAGAUCGACGAGCUUUUCUCGCUUUGUUAACUCUAAUAACGUGUACACUCGGUGAAAGUAAAAACUUGAAAAUUGCUCGAGUUCAA